ACUGGUGUCUGUCUUUCUUCCAGGAGCCAGUGGAGAUUAGGGAGAUGAAGACCUCUCUCCUUUUCCCUCUCCUCCUUUUUGCCUUGGGAGCCUGUGAUGAUGUCAAGUACAUCUCCAAGAGAAACUCAGUGGACGGAUGCAUUGACUGGUCGGUGGACCUGAAGGAGUACCAUGUGCUGGCUGGUGAGCCUGUCCGGGUCAAAUGUGCCUUGUUCUACAGCUACAUACGCACCAACUACACCAUGGCCACAAAUGCCAAGCUGCGCCUCAUCUGGUACAAGAACAAAGGAGAUGCAGAGGAGCCCAUCAUCUUCUCUGGUCACAGGCUGAGUAAAGAAGACGACUCCAUCUGGUUCCGAUCUGCUGAGUUGGAAGAUAACGGCUUCUACACUUGUGUUCUAAGGAACUCUACCUACUGCAUGAAAGUGUCCAUGUCCAUGAAGGUGGACGAGAGCGACGAGGGGAAAUGCUACAGCAGUAAGAUCCGCCACCUAGAGAAAGCCGAGGUAACACACAGUAAAAUGAUCAACUGCCCUGAUAUCGAGGACUACAUGGCUCCAUACAAGCAGCCGCAGAUGACCUGGUACAAGGAAUGUGAGACGGUGGAAUGGAGAAGCUCUAUCUCUGUCAACACCACACACGUCUGGAUUCCUGAGGUGGAGGAAGGUGAUGGGGGGAAUUACACCUGUGAGUUACAGUAUGGAUCCAGAGUGGUGCGACGGACAACUCAGCUUAAAGUUACAGCUCUACAGACGACUCAACCGCCCAAGGUCCUUUUUCCUCCAGAGAGACAAGAUACGGUGAUAGAAAUCACACCUGGUAUGCCUCUCAGCUUGGACUGCAAGGCCUUCUUUGGCUACAGCGGAGAGAACAGGAGGCCCAUCAUCUACUGGAUGAAAGGAGAGAAGUUUGUUGAAGAACUUGCUGGACACAUAAAAGAAAGUGAGGUCAGGAUCUUGAGGGAGCAUUUAGGGGAGAUGGAGGUGCAGCUGUCUUUGAUGUUUGAUGCUGUGGAUGAAGCCGAUCUGGCCAACUAUACCUGUUAUGUAGAAAACCACAUAGGGAAGCGUAGCGGCAGUGCUAUACUGCAGAAAAAAGAUAUGUAUCGCCUGGAACUGGCGGGUGGUCUCGGGGUCAUACUGCUGCUGCUGGGGGUCCUAACUGCUCUGUAUAAGUGUUACAACCUGGAGAUCAUGCUCUGCUACAGGAGACACUUUGGGAUUGAUGAAACCGAGGACGACAACAAGGAAAAUGAUGCCUACCUGUCCUACACCAAGGUGGACCUGGACUCUUUGGGCAGCCGGACGAGCAGCGACGAAGAAACCUUUGCUCUGGAGAUUUUGCCGGACGUUCUGGAGAAACAUUAUGGAUACAAACUAUUUAUACCAGACAGAGAUUUAAUACCCAGCAGUACCUACAUUGAGGACUUGGCUCGCAGUGUGGAGCAAAGCAGACGUUUGAUCAUUGUUCUGACUCCAGAGUUUGUUGCUAAAAGAGGCUGGAGCAUCUUCCAAAUAGAGACCCGCCUCCACUCCAUGCUGGUUACUGGGGAGAUUAAGGUGAUCAUGAUCGAGUGUGCAAACUUAAAGAAUGUCAUCAACUACCAAGAAGUUGAAGCACUUAAACAUACAAUCAAGGUAUUAUCUGUCAUCAAGUGGAAGGGCCCUAAGAGCAACGAGCUGUCCUCAAAGUUCUGGAAACAGGUGGUCUAUGAGAUGCCCGCUAAACGCAGAGAGACAUUGUCCAGACGUCAGGUCAUGGAUUCUGGUGAACAGGGUCUCUUUGGUGACCUACAGACCACUGUAUCCACCAUCGCCAUGACAACCACCUCAGCUUCUCUAGCGCCCCCUAACGAUAGUCGUCACGGACAUCAUCAGGUUGCCUUGGCAAUGGAGAUCCCAGACUACAACCAGAUGACCUUGCCACUGGGAGGCGGUCACACUGCUACAGCAGCCCAAAUGCGCCAUUUCUGCCGCAGCUAUGAGUUCCAGCUCCCUCCACAGCCUUCCUCCAUGUCGCCUCCCCUUCCACCAGUCUCUACGGUGCGGUUCGCCACUCUGGGUCCCACGGGACGCCAUGUGUACUGCAACAUCCCCAUGACGCUGCUGAAUGGUCAGGGGUUCAGAGCAGUUCACUGGGGAACAAGAGGGGCCUCAGAGCAGUACGCUUGGGAAGAAGCCAGACCUCCACCUGAACAGCACCUUCGUACCACUCACCAGCAGAGAACUAAGCUCUGACAUCUGGUAAACUGACUGCUCAACUGGCGCUCUUUGAGGAACAGUGCUGGCUCGAUUGGUCAAUCUGCUGGUUUUCGUUGAGUUUUUGGACUUUGUACAGACUGCGCUGGUGUUGGAUGCGUUUUCAGAGAAGACUGCUUCUGGAGAACUUCAUGCCAUGCUGGGAUCUUUGUCAGGGUAGAUUAAACGUGGCAUCAUACUCUUCUGGUUAACUGGAUCCAGAAAAAAUAUACCAACAGUCACAUUCUGCUUUGGGACCAGUAGCUGGUAAACCAAACCAGCUGGGAUAUCUGAGGUCUGACCAUUGGAAAAAUAAUCCUACUGACAACAUGCCUUCUGGUCUUAAAAAGUGGCCUGACUUGUCGUACUGAUGCAGUAGGCAGAUGCAUAGAGUAAAGAACAGAGAAGAAUGAACCCGCAUUAAGGAGAAUGUGCAGAGAUGAGUUCUCGAUGUCCAGAAAGUGGUCAGAUCGUAUCUCCUAGCACAACAAAGUCACAGCUGUUAUUAAAACCAGUUAUCAGUUAUUCAGGCAAAGGUGUCAGAUGUCAUUCUGAAUGUAGUUCAGCUUUCUGAAUCUACUUGUUGACUAGGUGGUAAAGAGGUUAUCAGCAAUGGUUUUGGAACACUAUACCACUUUGAAACAUCUAGUCAACCUCCUGAAAUACAACUAUACGACUAGCUAUCUGGUUUUACCCACAGAAAUGUAACCUGCUGAUUUCCAAAAAUGGCAAAACCUGUAAUGGGAAAGCACAAAUACCUGGAAAAAUGUCCGAUUCGUCUUGACCCUAUCCCAAACUGGUUUCUACAGCUAGCUCCUCAACUCACAGUAGAAAACUGGAAACUAGUCAACCUUAACGAGAGAACUGGUCAGUAGAGCAACCUUUACUACCAAGCUAAAAGUAUACCUGACUGGAAUUUUUGUACUUGCAUGACCACCCAUUUAGAUAAAGAGAAAAUAAUCAAAUUACCAUAGAUGAAAGGCGAUGACAUAGUGGUUUGUUGCUCACUCACCAACAUGGUAUGUUGAUCCGGAGUGGGGCUUUUUGUUCUUUCUGGCUACGAUGCAGUUCAAAAGCUCUGAUCAAAGGGCAAAAGGACACACUGCUUUGAAAACAUCUUCAAUAUUUAUUUGUCAUGUUUUAUUUAAGAGGGUCAGGAAUUGUUUUUUUCUAAUGAAGCUUUGUUUUUAUUGUUUGUUACAAUAAUAUCUGUACAGCUUCCAUUACUUAUGUAUAAACCUAAACAUGAUGGUGACUUGUUCUCUAGAGUUUCUGUUAGCAUCCACAAGACGUCCACGUGUUCCAGAGCUGGGAUUUUUUUUUUUUGUUCCCCUCCUUAUAGACGAAGGGAUGGUUGGCCUUACGACCCCACUAAUGGACUGAUGUCAUGAAUCUAACCCUCACAAAGGAGCGCAUCAUCACAGAAAUGGCGGAACUUCAGCAUACAUUAAACAAUGUUCUUUUUUUGGAGCUUUAAAUGAAAUAGAUGACCAUAAUAUUUAAGCAAGUGGAUAAUGUUUUGAAUUUACACAAAAGGUAUUGUCAUUGUUUUCUUAGAACCAAUGAAUUUUGGUUAUUUGAGAUUGUUUCAUACAAUAAUUAUAAUAUGAGUUGUUAUAUUCUAUGGCAAUAUAAAGUAGUUGUUCCUUUUUUUCUUUUCUGAACAUUUCUUUGACUAUUCUACGAAUAUAUUGGUUGCGAUAAUUUAAUCAAGAGCAAAUAAAAAAUAUGUUAGCUGUUUUAUACA